ACGAUCAUUCGCAACUGUGACGGCAAUUCUCGUUUGACGAACCUUGACCCCUUCAUAUACAUCGCGUCUGCCGCGUCACUCCAUACCGCUCAUUUCGGACCGCACUCCUCCCAAAAACGCCGGACGCUGUUCCAUCGGCCGCCCCAACCACAGUCAGAAUUUCAAGCAGGCUGUCCUCGGCAGCCAAGCAACACGCGAGCCUUUCGAUUGCCGCGCCUCGCCUAGGCAACUUGCACGAGACGGGCUCAUCGGAAGUUUAUACGCCCACACUGCUUCAUCCGAACCAUCACAUUCAUUGUGCGACGCUGACCUGAAGCAUCACCAUUGUAGAAUCUGGGCCCGCCUACUACUCCCUACAGCACAGUCGAAGCCGACUCCCGGCCCUUCAGCUCGGCAUAGAAGUGCGCAAGUCUUUUCUUCGAGAUCAGCAAGAUGACCGACAGAGUCAGAGACAUGGAUCCGAAUCUCGAGUGUCGGCGGAGGGGCAGAAGGAGGCGUGCUGGUGGUAGGCUCUUGUACGGUAGUAGAGCACGACUGUAUGUGCUGCUGGUCAGCAUUGCAUGUUUCUGGGCAUCUCUAGCAGCAGCAUCGCCCCAUCCCGCAGCCGAAGCUCGUCCAACGGACUGGCUCCCACAGUCAGCUUUGGACUAUUCAGACGCCCACAGCGCAAGGAUCACGGCAGGACAAGCGACAGCGCAACACAGGACAGGCUCAAAUCACACUGCGCGAGAAGGAAGCGGAUUGAGCUCGUUGACUAGAGACAAGUGGAUUGGGCUUGGACUCGCCAUUUCGAGCUCUUUGGCCAUUGGAACGAGUUUCAUCAUCACCAAGAAGGGACUGAUGGAUGCGGCUGAUAGAUCAACAGGAACGGGCGGCAUGGCCUCCGAUGGUCACUACUACUUGCAAAACCCCAUCUGGUGGGCUGGCAUGUCUACGAUGAUUGUAGGCGAGGUUGCCAACUUUGCGGCCUACACAUUUGCGCCUCCCAUCCUAGUCACGCCUCUGGGCGCGCUCUCCGUGCUCAUUGGAGCGGUCCUAGCAUCCUUCAUCCUAAAGGAGGAGCUGGGAAGUUUGGGGCGCGUAGGAUGCACGCUUUGUCUGGUGGGAACAGUCAUCAUUGUGGUCAAUGCACCGGAGGACAAGGAGAUUCAGACAGUGGAUGAAAUUCUGAACUACGCCAUUCAGCCAGGCUUUCUGACCUACUGCUUGUUCGUAUUGGGCUACGCAAUAUGGGCCAUUUGGAGACUCGUGCCAAUUUAUGGCAAGCGCACGCCUCUGGUCUACCUCUCCAUCUGUAGCUUGGUCGGCAGCGUCUCUGUCAUGGCUGUCAAGGGCUUUGGCGUGGCGCUGAAACUCACGCUGGAUGGCAACAAUCAAUUCACGCAUCCAAGCACGUACUGCUUCGCUCUCGUCACUGUGGUUUGCAUUCUGGUUCAAAUGAACUACUUCAACAAGGCGCUGGAUCAAUUCUCUACAAAUAUUGUCAAUCCUAUCUAUUACGUUACUUUCACUACAUCUACCAUCUUUGCAAGUUUCUUACUCUUCAACGGAUUCAAUACGAGUGGACCGGCUUCCGCAGUGUCGCUGCUCGGAGGGUUCUGCGUCAUAUUCAUGGGCGUAUACCUACUCAACUUGAACAGGCUGGUUGAUCCAGCUACGCAACAACCGCGCAUGUCGUUGAUGACAGGAGAGGGAGUGGCGGGAACAGGCAGAUUGAGCGAGGCACACGAUCGUUUGCUGGGCAACAACGAUUGGAGAGGUCGAAGCAGCAUGCAGUACCCCCCUUCACGGAGAGGAUCUUAUCCUGCUCACACUCGGAGAGACAGCAGCGGCAGUGUGCUAUUCAGCGCUUACGACAACGAAGAGACCGUCGGCUUGACCCAGCUGAACGAGAGCGAUGAAGAUGCGGACGACAGCGCAGGGUCUCAUCAACCCAAGCACGAGAUGCGCACAAAUGUUCGAAGUGCACCUGCUCCUCUCUUGACGCACGCAAGGAAACCCAGCUUGAAGGCGGCUAGAGUGGCCAAUGGGACGCUGAAUAGCACGUUGACUGGCGCACCACGCGCUACGAGCCCUCAAUCCGCCCCUACUUCAGCUGCGGGCACAAGAACACCUGUCAGGCCCACUUCGGUCGGGUCCACCAGCUCGGUCGGGUCUGGUGUCGCCCACACGCCAUCCGCCACUACGCCUCGAUCUCCUUCCGAUUGGCGCGGAGUUCCUUACGUCACCCAGUCCGAUCGCCGCUGAGACGCAAGAUGAUUUCGAGUACGCGACGUCUUUGGCGCACUCAAGAGUUUGGAUGUGCAUGCAUGGGUCGAAGGGCGGCGUACUCAGCUUUGGAAUCGUGUGCGCCUCUCUCAUUUAGAUUCACUGGCAACCUCUUGGACUGGCUUUCGCCUACAGUCACAGGCAGAUUGUUCAAACUUGGUCGUCGUCUGCCCCAGCAUCGUCUUUACAAUCGAAUGACGACGCCGAAUGUACGCACAAUUUUCCUGUCUCUCUCUCUGUGUAGUCAUGCGGGCUUAUUGCACAUGGAAGAUGCCAUUAAAGGAUGCUAUUGCAUGAUAGUCUGAUGCGUUUCUAAUACGGCGACUUCUUUUCUAGACGCGCUCGUAGAAUGCAAUGUACACCUUUGCGCGUAGAACCU